AUGUUGCUGGUAGUUCUGCUGUUAUGCUGCCUUUCAGCUACAGCAAACUCUGCCGCGGCCUCGUCCUGUGCCUCCUGCACUGACCUGACAAUUGUUUCUGGAGCCAACGGAACGGACGUUGUACUUGCAACAAUCCGACUCAUUGAAGAUUCGGAUUUAUUCGUGGAUGACCACCAGAUCCUAAGAAGGAUUGCUCAUGUGGAGACAAGAGAUGGCGCCUCUGAAGCAAGCGGAGGUGGUGGGAUUUGGGCCGUCAAUGAAACCGGGUUUGCUUCUCUGGUGGAAGUUAAUGCUACUGGGAUUAGAGCAUACUUUGGGAUUGAGUGGUCCUCUGUGACAUGGAGUGAUUUAAGUGUGCCACUGUACUCGGGGCUAGCUGCUAGACUCCUCAUUAAUCAGCUAGCUGGUGGAUAUGAUUUGAGCAGUACCUCAUCUCAAGCAAUGCUCUGGGCUGACAGCUAUGGGGGAAAUGCAGAGAAAUACAUCAAUGAUACUGUGGGUUUGACAGACUAUCGAUACAACAAUAUAGAUUCUCUGGAGUUUGGAAUGUAUUACAAGAGCACCAUUACGACCACCUCUUACUUUAAAGUGAUGGCCUCCAAUGCUACAUCCAUACUUCAGUUGGUUCUCUCUGUGAAUGGAGACACUCAGUUAUAUGUGUCUAAUCUCAUUGAGCCAUCGGCAGCGUUUCAUUGCAAUAGUGUGAAAACGAAUAGUACAGCUAAUUUACUAUUGAAUGCAAGUCAAUUAUAUAAGAAUGAAGACGAGAGGAAUGUACUGUAUAUAUCUAUAGAAGUUGUGCAAGCAACAGAAGUAUCUCUUGGAGUGUCUGCAAUUGAGCUUGACAAAGGAUCAGAUCCUAUUGACACUCAGGCUGAAGAAUUUGUCAUUGGCCUCUUUGAUAAUCAUCCUGACGCAGAGUACACUCCUCUCCUCAUAUCAGUGGCUACAAGAGAGACCAGCCCAUUCACAGUGACUGUUGAAACUCAGGCUGGUAUAGCAGCCACAGAAACCAUUAAUCCUACUGACAUACUGAGCAUUGUCCUACCCGAUACAUACCUAGUCACUAAUAACAGCGAGAGGUAUAAAGGAGUAAUAGUGAAAGCUGAGAGUGGUAGGACUAUUAGUGUAUCAGUCAGUAAUUAUGACCAGUUCUCAAGUGACUCCUAUCUUGCACUGCCACUGUAUCAGUACUCAGGCGUAACUGAGUAUGUAUAUUACGCUAUCACUCCAGAGACUGACUCUAGCCUCCUACAGAAUAGGGUGCUCCUUGUGGGUGGAUAUAACGAUACAAACAUCACUAUCAAGCCAAAGGAGACUGUUUAUAUACCUCCUGAUCUCUCGCCAACUGGUUUAGAGUAUGAGCUGUCGUCAAACGAGUCUCUGACAAUUCAACUGAACAGGUUCCAGACUUUACUGCUAGAGAGUGAAAUGAGUCUCUCUGGAUCAAAGUUUACUACCACUAAACCAGUAACAUUUCUCUCUGGACACCAAUGUGCUCUUAUUCCUUCCGAUGCCACCAAUAGGUCCUGUGAUAUUAUUAUUGAGCAACUUCCUCCUACCCUAAACUGGGGUAAGACGUUUAUAUUUCCUCUCCUUUCUUCUCAAACUGGCGGAGCCUUCAUAACUAUACUAGCAGCUGAGAAUAAUACUGAAGCAACUCUUCGCUGUACGUCGAUAAGCACUAAUGCUAAUACCACUGACGUAUCCAGUUUGAAUACUACCGGUGACUUCAUUACUUAUUUGAUAUCUCCAGAUGACCUCGUGUGCAGUAUCAUAUCUGAUAAUCCUGUCCUGGUGACAAUAGAUGCCUCAAGUGAAGGUGAUGAUGAUUCCAAUGGAGAUCCAUUCAUGAUGCUCGUACCACCUACCAAACAAUACUCAAAUGCCACGCACUAUUUUGCUCCAUUCAGUGACAAUUUCACUAGUAACUACAUUAACAUUGCUCUUCUUGGUCAACCCGGUGAUGUUUUUCUAGACAACGCAUCUAUAACUGAUGCAUCCUCAGUUUAUGACACUACUGGCUCCUUACUGGGCUAUGCACUCCAGCUCAAUAGCAGCGCUGAAAACAGGACCUUAUCUGUAGCAUAUGGAUCAAAUACUGUAUACACUGCCUGGAUAUAUGGGUUUGAUUUUGCAGUUAGUUAUGGGCAGAGUUUAGGCAUGAAUCUUUUGAUAACUGGUGAUGACAGAGAAUUAACUGUUGCGAUUGAGUCCCAUACAUACAGCAGCGUAGGAAUGAUUCAGAUUAUUUGCUCCACCACUGGACCACCAGUCUACAUAACAGACUGGUACAAAGGGGGAGACCUCAUCUAUCCAUCAUGCAAACACUCUAUCACUAGUAGCAAUACUACAAUCAGCAUCCUGACCAUUUCCUCUGUUAAUAUUGAUGAUAUUGGUCAGUAUACAUGUACUGCUAGGAGCUACUAUACUAGCAGAUCAGCUACUGCAGUGAUCUAUGUGACAUUACAAACUCCAUUUCCUUUGCUUUCACUGAGUACUGACCCAUCAAAUUACAGCCAGUUAGUGUCGGCAACGAGCCCUUUAUUCACAUGCAGUGCUGUCAUUGACUAUACUAUAUUUAAUCCUGAUGAACUGGCUGUAGUGUUUGAAUGGCUACGUAAUGGGGCUAGUAUUUCUAUCUACAAUUCUGCAUAUAAUAUCACCAACUCUACACUAUCAAGUACGCUGAACAUUUUAAGUCUUGGGACGCAGGAUAACAAUGCUGUGUAUUCGUGUGUGGCAUACGUCAAUCCGGUAUCAAGCAGUCCUUACUUAAUAAAUAAUUCUGACAGCAUUCAGAUUACUCUCCAAGUACAAGCCUUUUCAUCUGGUCAUGUUAGUUUCGAUAUAACUAAACUUCCUUCUGUGCCCACCUCUGGAGGCACCGUUAACAUCUCCUGUCAAAUCAAUGUUCCUGAAAGAUUCUAUGUCAUGCCAGACUUUGUGAGGCUGGCAUACAGUAUGAAUGGGAGCAAUGCAGUGGAUAGCACUCAAGAAGGCUACACUGAAGAGGAUCUUGUAUAUUUUACCAAAGUGGCCCUGAGUAAUAUUAACACAUCUGAUGCUACUACCUACUAUUGUGUCAUUGCUUUUAAUACAUUGGGUGUGACUGCUCAUGCAUUCACUAACCUCUCAAUGAAUCUUGCUCCUUCAACACUUGACAUUAUUCCGAGACACAAUGACUCCAUUUAUGAAAGUUCUCUCUUCUCGUUAACAUGUGAGGUUACUCUUCCUAGCAGUGUGGACACACCUGUGUCUCUCAGCUACGUAUGGCGGAAUCCAUAUGGAAGUACCAUACACUAUGACGAUAGAAUAUCAUUUUAUGUUGGACCAAGGAAUGAGACACUCAUCUUUAAUCCAAUUGAUAAUGGAGAUAGUAACUCAAUGCAAACUGAUGCUGGUCAAUAUACCUGUCAAGUUCAGGUCAUUCCAAAUAACGUGAAUGUCAAUUCAGCUAGCUAUGUAACUACUAGUGAUUCUUUAGUUAUUGAAGAUUUACCAGAGCUUGUCCUUGAGAUAACCUACUCACUUGACGCACCAGCAGAAGGCGACUCCUUGAACAUCACUUGUACAGUGACGUACCCAGAGAGUCUAAUAAUAGUCCCUACUGUGUUGUGGAGCCUUCCCAUCAGCGGGAGUUUACCUGAAACUAGGACAUCAUCAUUGACUGAAUCUCUUAUUAACGUGACAUUGAGUCUGAACCCUGUACUAUACGAUUAUAAUGGUGUUUAUUCUUGUGUGGCAGAGUACAAUGUCACCUCCUACUCAUUUGAUCAUGCCAGGAAUUCCACAGAGUAUGAAUUAGAUGUCCCAUUAAUAAUUCCAAACGUAUCGAUAACGGGUUAUCCCUUACAUGAGGGAGCGUUUGCUGCUGGAACGAAUGUACAUCUUCUCUGUAGGGUGGAUCUCAGUUUUGAAAAUAAGAAUUUAGUCAUCACUUGGUCUCACGACAACGUAACAUUAACAAACGAUAGCACGUACAUUGUUGGUCCUGUUCAGAGAGCGUCGGAUUAUUAUUACGGGAUAUUGACUAUUAAUGGUAUCAGUUUAGAUGACAAUGAAGACACAUACAAGUGUACGAGUUUAAUUUAUCACAGUAAUCAGGACACCAUUGCUACUAGCUGCGAAAGCUUCAAUGUGACUGUUUCCGAUGUACCAAUAGUGACAUUAUAUCCAAUGGAGCUUAUUGUUGGAUAUGGCAAUGAAGCUAGGUUCGAGUGUUUAUAUUCAAGUGAUAUAUCCAGCAACGUGUCUUGGUUCAAGGAUGGCCAGAGUCUCUCUCACGAGACUUAUAAUAUAUACACUAAUGGCACUCAUUCAGUCCUUACAAUUACUAGCACGACUACAGCUGAUAAUGGGACAUACUCAUGCUCAGUGAACAAUAGUAUUGGAACCACUCAAGACACCAGUGCCCUCUUGAUUGGUGUCUUAACUGUCAAUAUCUCUCCACUACCUGUAACUGUCCUUGAAUACAGGGACACAGUGAAUGUAACGUGUCUAGCAAAUAGUAAUCUUGAAAUUAAUGAUCUGAGCUACACCUGGCUUCUUGAUGGCAUAGUAAUAGAUGUAAACGAAUCUUUUAUUGAGAUCACCUACACGUCAUCAGAUCAGGUGGAUGAUAGCGGAGAGUAUCACUGUCAAGUUUCUUCUGAAACGUUAUCUUUAACUAUUGAGUCUCAGAGAACACUCAUUGCCUUGACUCCAGUGAUUGUAGCAAACCCAUUACCUGCUCUUGGUACAUUAGUUAACGAUUCAAUAAAGUUUAUAUGCAAUGCAACCGGUUAUCCGUUUCCAUCAAUAGAGUGGAGAAGAAUCAGUGUAGAGAAUGAUUUAACAACAUUGGUAGGAAUAGACAGUGUAACAAUAGAUCUUCCUUAUAAUAUUACCAAUGACUCAUCCAUUAAUGUGAAUGAAGUAUCAUCAGUACUAACACUCCAAUCAGUAGAUUAUGAUGACUUUGGAUACUAUGUUUGUAUUGCUACUCUUACCUCAAAUGAUGUUUAUGUUUUAUUUGAUAAUUCUAAUGUGACGCUAAUGGACUAUCAUGCUAUAUCAUCUACUGCAACACUGACAGUCUCUCCAUACGGAAGUGUGCAAGUUAAUCCUUCUUCUGUAACAGCAUAUUUUGGUGACACUGUUGCUUUUAAUUGUACCAGUAGAGGUGGACCUAACAAUCAGUAUGCAUGGUAUAGAGUAGCAGAGAGUAGAAAUAUUAGUGUUGGACUAAUGAAUCAACUUGAAGUUGAAAUCAAUUCUAUUGAACUAACUGCAAGAUAUUAUUGUAAUGUUACAAAUGAUGCUGGAUCAAGCAGUGCCUAUACAAUUCUUAAUGGUAAUUUAUCUGUCAGUACUAUUCCAUCAACUGCCACAGUUCUCAAUUUGGGCGAUUCAGUA